ACGUGGAGGACGCCGUGCGAAAGGGCGCCAAAGUAUACACCGGUGGACACCAUCUUAAGGGCAACUUCUUUGAGCCGACAAUCGUUACGAAUGUUAACAACGAUAUGCUGUUCAGUCAGGAGGAGACCUUUGGACCGUUAGCUCCGAUCUAUCGGUUCUCCAGUGAGGAGGAGGUGCUGGCGCUGGCAAAUGGGACGCGGGUAGGACUGGCCGCCUAUUUCUACAGCAACGACUUGGCGCAGGUAUGGCGCGUCGCCCGCCAAUUGAAAGUCGGAAUGAUUGGCGUGAAUGAGGGACUCAUAUCGACGUGUGAGGCGCCCUUCGGAGGGGUCAAGGAGUCCGGACUGGGACGGGAGGGCUCGCACUUCGGGGUCGACGAGUUUGUUGACGUGAAAUACAUUUGUUUGGGCGGACUAUGAGUCGCCUCCCAAACCGAUUAUACACUUGUUAUCAAAACUAUAUGUAAUG